UGUUCCUGUGACGUUCCUGUGCUGCUAUGGUGAUCGGAGAAGCGUCCGAGGUUUUGAAGAGCAGUUUCAGGCGCGAAUAAGUAUUACAAAACAUUCAUACAAACAAAAAUCAAAAACGCGUAGACUUAAAAUGUAUUAAAACACGUUAUAUUUGUGUCUGGAAACCGUUUAUAACACCAGCUAGUUAUGAAGGAUUAGUAAACUCCACCAAAUGCACUCAGUGUAUUAAUAAACACUGCUGUUAAUGGAGCAUAUUAGAUCAAUUUCACCGAUCCUGCAUUUGGAUUUAAAUAAUUUCAACUCUCCUGAAGCUAAAGACAGCAGAUAUGUUCUGACAAGUCCACGUUCACUUGAAUCCUGUGCAAGACUGGGAGUGAAACCUGUUGAUCUGCUGUUCAGAUCCCUCACAGACUUUAUCGAUGAAAACCAGGAGUCCUCUUUGGAGGAAGUGACCGUAUUAUAUGAGGAGUACGAGAAAGGAAGAAGAGAACGACUGCGCUUGUGUCGAGAGGAGAGAGAGCGGAUCAUACAAGAGGGCUGGAAUAGAAAGUCAUCAGUAAAACCGUUCACAGCCCUGGAAACCGUCCCAGAGCAAACAGCUGAGAGUCAAAGCACAGGAUCCAAAGCCAGAUGUCCUAGCGAUUCACGGUUCACCGACGACCGAGUUCACUCAAAUCCGAUCUCGGACAGGUUUCCGACCACAAAGUUCCCCUGCAGUUUCAGUCUGGCCGAACUCCGACGUUCUCCCGCGACGGAACGCCGGCUGAAAAGCCUCUCGGAGGAGAUCAGUCGCAAACUAAGAAUCGCCAUCCCGGAAAAAGAUCAAAAGAUUGCCGCGUUGAUGCUAGCCAAGCACGAAGAGGAGCAGAUUCGUUUACGGCAGAGCAGGUUCGAGGAGCAAAAUCGCGAAGAGGAGCAGAAGCGCGAGGAGGCGCGGCGAGCCGACGCGGAGCAAAAGCGGCGAAAAGAGCUUCUGCGACAAAUUCGUCGCUGGCAUGAGGAUUUGGAGGAGCGGAGGAGGCAGCGAGAGAAAGAGGAGGCCAUCCUUGCGGAGCAGCGCAAGCGGGAGACGCUUCAGCAGGAGGAGCGCUGGAGGAGACUCGCCGAGGAGCAGCGAACUCGACGCAGGUUCGAGCAUAACGCGGCGAGCAGGGAAGCGAAAGAACGCAAACGCUACCAGGAGCGGCUCCUGCAGGAGAAGGAGCGCAGUGAGGAGGCGCAGCGAGAGAAGGAGCUGCAGGAGGCGCGUGAAAAAGAGCAGCAUGCGAUGAGGAGCAAGCGAAUGCGGGAAAGGAGAGAAAGGAGGAGAAUCACGCUAGAGAACCAGAGGGAGCUACUCAAGCACCUCCUCCUAAAAAAGGAGGUCGAGGAGCAGGAGCGCGCGGAGGAGGAGCUGAAGAGAAAAGGAGUAGAGCGGAAGCUGCAACGCUCCACGGAGAACCACGGAGUGCUUGUAGAAGCGCGGCUGCAGGAAAUGCGAUUACGCGCGGCGAAGGAGGAGGAGCAGAUGCGGAUGGCGCAGGAGCGCGCGGAGAGGGAGAAAAGGGAUUGGCUGGAGCAGAAGCAAACGCUGGUGCGACGUUGCCAGCUGCGGAUGGAACGCGCAGUGCUGCAGGCGCAGGAGCAGCGUCAUCGCAGAGCUCAACGCGUCAGACGGGAAAACCAGGAAAAGGAAAUGAAUCAUCGCCGACUACAAGACCGAGUCGUGGAGGAGGAGAAAGCGCAAUGGGAGCAAAGAUGCAAUGCCGCGACGGAAAAGGACCGCCGCAGCGAGAAGCUGCAGAGAGAGAGGGCUGAGGCCCAGGAGAGGAGCCGGAAAGUGGCUCACGCCUCCUGCUACAUGCGGGAGAGGGUGAGGGAGCAGACGUCUCGAAGCACCUUUGACCAGAUGGCACGAGAAGCUGAGGUGACCGCUCAUUUGGGCCGCCUGAAACUGUGAAUAGUGUUAGUCCUACUGAAGAGAAUCUAAUUAUAAUAGUAUUAAAGUGUCCCUGUGGUGAAAAUCAAGUUUUUAAUGUUUAUAUGUCUAUGUGGUGUUUUUAAUAUGCUUUAAGACGAACCAUGUGCAAAUUCAUUCAAGUCAAGUAUUUUCUCUUUAAAAUGGCAGUGAUCUAAAAAUGCGGUUUGAAAUCGCUGGUGUUUCUGACGUCACGAACUACCUACUACGUGCGGGCGGGCUUUAGCAUAUCAUUAACUGUUUAAUUAUUAGCUGUUUGAUAACAUAGUCAAGAAGCUAAUUAUAUUAAUUACCGUUAUGUGUCCAACGUUGUAAAAAGUGGUAGCGUUGUGCAGUGUUUACCUCCCCAAGUUGAGCGGGUGAAUCUCUGAGCUCGUGCGAGUGAGUGGAGGCGGGGCUAAUUAGCAUAUUCAUAGAUCCGCGUAUAAUAAAUGAAGCAAGGGUGUAGAGUUAUGUUCAAGCUAUUUUAAGGCAUGAUUUUUUUUUUUUCACCGAAAAAAAAAAAACAUAAAACAUUGAAAUAUGUCAUUUUGGUUAUCCAUGUCCACACAAGUGAUUUGCAAAACACAAAAAUGCACACAAAAAAGCAGCUUUUAAUAGAUUUUCAUGUACCGGAGAGACUGUCUGCCAUCUCAAUGUGCAAGGGAGUCGUGUAACAUUAGCAGCACAUUAUUGAUAACAUAGUCAAGCAAAAGGCUAAUCAUGUUAAUUACAGUAAUGUGUCCGAUGUUGUAAAAAGCAAUACCAUUGUGCAGCGUUUACCUCAGUAAGUUGACCGAGUGGAUCUCUGAGCUCGUGUGAGGGGAGGCGGGGCUAAUUAGCAUAUUCAUAGAUCCGCGUAUAGUAAAUGAAGCAAGGGUGUCGAGUUACAUUCAAGCUAUUUUAAGGCAUGAAGAUUCGUUUUUCACCGGAAAAAAAUUAAAUAUGUCAUUUUUGUGAUCAAAGAUGAGUUUGAAGGGAUAAGUUAUUGACUGCAGGGGGACUUGAAUGCAGCCAAAUAGACAGAGGAAUUCAAAAACAACUUCAUAGGCACAUUAGAAAUGUAAAUGUAAAAGUGUUAGACAAUGAAGAACUAGUUUUUCAUACGAAUGAGGCGUUUACAGUACUGAUAAAUGUAUUUAUCAAGCCAAAGACAAUUGAUAAGCUUUUAGACUGCACCAACGACAGGCCAAGUAUUUAUUUUAUAGAAUAUAUUUAUUUAUUUACUUUUACUUGAACAAAUAGAAUUUAUGAAUGCUUUAUUAACCAAUAAAGUUUUCGAAUUUUUCACAAUAUUUCUCACUUUUUUUUUGUGCAAGUUUGAGACUGAUUUGAAUCCUUCACGUUGUGCUUAUUGCUUCAAUCAGGGCAUUCUUGUUCCUAAAAAUAUCAUCUGUCAUGCAUGACUGACUAAUCUCAAAUUGCAGGUUUAAGAUAUAUUUACACCGAUCAGGCAUGACAUUAUGAGCACUGACAGGUGAAGUGAAUAACACUGAUCAUCUCUUGUUAGUGAGUGGAUAUAUUCGGCAGCAAGUGAACAUUUUGUCCUCAAAGUUGAUGUGUUAGAAGCAGGAAAAAUGGAUUUGAGCGAGUUUGACAAGGACCAAAUUGUGACGGCUAGACGACUGGGUCAGAGCAUCUCCAAAACUGCAGCUCUUGUGGGGUGUUCCCGGUCUGCAGUGGUCAGUAUCUAUCAAAAGUGCUCCAAGGAAGGAACCGGCAGAGGUAGUGUGAUGCUUUGGGCAAUGUUCUGUUGGGAAACCUUGGGUCCUGCCAUCCACGUGGAUGUUACUUUGAAGGUGGUCAUAAUGUUAUGCCUGAUCAGUCUGACAUUGGUCAGUUGCACAUCUAUUGAUGUAUCAAUAGCUAUUGAUCAGCAGCAGAUCUUUCACCAAGUUCAUCUCUGUUGAUCCUGGAACAACAUUCCAAUCAACGAUUCAGAUUUGAGGAACAAGUUUACAGUUUAUGUCAAGU